AUGACUACUCCGCUCACCCUCGAGGAGCUCGAGCGCUUCACCUCCAUCAUCGACGACAUCCUGGCCAACGCCGACCUCGAGACAAUCUCGCGCAAAAAGGUUCGCCAAGGCCUCGAGACAUCCCUCGGCGGUCGCGACUUGAGCGAGCAAAAGGAUGCCAUUAAGAAGUUGAUUGAAGCUCGGUUCGAUGCCGUCUCGGGCGCCGACCUCAGCGCCGUCGCCCCUUCCUCAGGCCCCGAUCAUGCCAACAACAAGCGGCCGACGACCAAUGGGGUGUCGGAGAAUGGCGAGACGGAUCCGUCGGCUUCGCCCGAGCCGGCCAAGAAAAAGGUCAAGCGGUCUGCGUCGUCGGAGGAUGCCGACGCCCGCCUGGCCGCGCAGCUGCAGGCGCAGGAGAACAGCUUGGCGCGGUCUCGUUCGACGCGAGGCGGCGGCGACCGGACCAAGGUGACCAAGAAGCGCAAGGCACCCAAGAAGAAGAGCGCCAAAAAGAGAAAAGCAGGGGGCGGCUUCCAGAAGCCCUUUCUGCUGAGCCCCAUGCUCUCGGAUCUAUGCGGCGAGACCCAGCUCUCUCGGCCACAGGUCGUCAAGAAAUUGUGGGAGCACAUCAAGGCAAACGACCUGCAGGACCCCAAGGACAAGCGCCAGAUUUGCUGCGACGACAAGAUGCAGGCCGUGUUCAAGCAGGCCAAGGUGGACAUGUUUCGCAUGAACAAGGAGAUUGGCAACCACCUUUACCCGGUCGAGGAGUGA